AUGUUCUACACUAAUGUAACAAGGAUUAAAAAUUUCUUCAUCCUGGGAUUUCCUGGACUUUCACAGGAGUAUUAUGGACCUGUGUCAGCCCUGCUUUUGGUUCUCUUCUUGGCUAUAGCUGUAGGAAAUAUUUUUAUUUUAGUGUUUGUUAGAUGUGAGAGGUCUCUUCACAAACCCACAUAUCUGAUAUUUUGCCACUUGGCACUAACUGACUUAAUGUUUGGGACUGUUACUCUGCCAAAGAUUAUAUCAAAAUAUUGGUUUGGUGACAGCAUUAUUUCAUUUUAUGGAUGCUUUGUACAAAUGUACUUUGUUCAUUUUUUGGGGGCAUCUCAUUCUUUCAUCCUGAUGGUGAUGGCCCUUGAUCGCUUUAUUGCAAUUUGUGCUCCACUGCGUUACACAGCUCUUUUCACAAACAACACUGUUUCUGUGCUUUGUGGAAUAUCAUGGAUUUUGCCAAUGUCGUGGAUGGUGGGUAUAGUUGUAGAUACUCUGAGAUUGCCUUACUGUAAUUCAAACAUAAUUAUACAUUGCUUUUGUGACCAUAUAGCAAUAACAGUGCUUGGAUGUGAGAACGUCCGAGAAGUUCAGGUAGUUGCAUUUGGUAUGGCCAUGUUCACUUUGAUAUUGCCUCUGGGUUUUAUUAUCUUCUCUUAUUUUGUCAUCAUUGUUGCAGUUAUGAGAAUGACCAGUUCUAAUAGCAGCCGCAUGUUGGCUCUGUCUACCUGCUUGCCACAGAUUCUCAUCACAUUUCUCUAUUACAUGCCAAGAUGCUUUGUGUACCUGGCAAAUUUUGUAGGAUUUACAUUCAGUGUCCCAGUUCGCAUAGUUGUUGUAAUGCUGUACAGUAUUUUACCUGCUGCUAUUAACCCAUUAAUAUACUGUUUCAAAACCAAGGAUAUCAAAGAACACUUGAAAAAGAAAUUAGUUACUAGGAAAAUUAAUAGCAGCACAACAACUGGAUGA